UUAGAAGCCCUCCAGUCCUUAGCUCGUUUAGAACGCGAGACUCUAACUUUAUUGGAGGGCAAGCUUGCUUUACGGCUCAGGGCCGCUUUUUACGUCAUUUUCCGGCUUCCCAUUCACUUCGCAGUGAAGAUGGCGUCGGGUAGCGGGACAAAAAACUUGGACUUUCGCCGAAAGUGGGACAAAGAUGAAUAUGAGAAACUCGCCGAGAAGAGGCUCACGGAAGAGAGAGAAAAGAAGGAUGGAAAACCAGUGCAGCCAGUCAAACGGGAGCUUCUCCGACAUAGAGACUAUAAGGUGGACCUGGAAUCCAAGCUUGGAAAGACAAUUGUCAUUACCAAGACCACGCCGCAAUCUGAGAUGGGAGGGUAUUACUGUAAUGUCUGUGACUGUGUGGUGAAGGACUCUAUCAACUUCCUGGAUCACAUUAAUGGAAAGAAACAUCAGCGAAAUCUGGGCAUGUCUAUGCGUGUGGAACGUUCCACCUUGGAUCAGGUGAAGAAACGUUUUGAAGUCAACAAGAAGAAGAUGGAAGAGAAACAGAAAGAUUACGAUUUUGAGGAAAGAAUGAAAGAGCUCAGAGAAGAGGAGGAAAAGGCCAAAGCCUACAAGAAAGAGAAACAGAAGGAGAAGAAAAGGAGGGCUGAGGAGGACUUGACAUUUGAGGAGGAUGAUGAGAUGGCAGCUGUGAUGGGCUUCUCUGGCUUUGGUUCCACCAAGAAGAGUUACUGAGGCUUUCUGUGCUUGGCUCUUUGCUGACUUUGUGUGUGUGUGGGGGGGUCAUUUUUUGGGGGGUACUUGGGAAAGUCCUUAAGAGCCACAAUGGGGAGGGCUAGAGGGUGGGUGUCUGUGGUUUCCCUCUACUUUGGGAGAGAGCACAGGAUGUGAAGGUAAUGUUGUGGCAUAUUCCCUCAGCCUCAGUAUGUCACUGGAGUCACAGGACCUCUGUCUGAGUUCCCAAUAAAGAAAAACCUCUUCUGAGGCUGCUUUCCCAAAACUCCCCCUGUAUCUUUCCCUCUUCAUCUGUCCAGUCUCUUCUCUGAGCAUCCUACAUUUAUCCUGUGUUUUCCCUGUUUUAAUUUUGACUCUUGCUUAGCCUGCAGCAGAAGGGUUUUCUGGGUCCCCAGUGUCCAGUUGAUAGCACAUUUUUGACCAGCCCUCUUUCUCCCUCAACCCCCUGUGGUUCUUCACCACCUGUGCAUGCAUGUGUAUUUCUGCCUGGGUCAGUGGUAUGUGCGGGCGUGUGUGCAUGAAUUUGUCACAUAGAGGGAGCCAGAGCUAGAACCUCAGAACAUUGCUGCCUUGGGGUCUUAUGUUCGUGGCUCCCUCAGUGCAUGUAACAGGAAAUUAAAUGGGACGAGUGUUUGGUGUGGUUUUUGUCUGGUGAGUUUUUUAACCUUUCUUUUUCAUAUGUAGACUGUUCAGCUUUUCCUGUUUGUUUCAUUUUGUUGAGGAUUACUCUUUUUUUUUUUUCUUCCUUGUGAGUAGGCUCUUGGAAGAACCUGUUUGAUGCAAAAAAGAAAAAGGAAAAAAAAAUUCAUAUGGGAGCCCUUGGGUCUCAGAGACUGUUCAACAUGUAUAAUAAAUGGCAUUGACUGGGCCUGUUAAUUUGGUGGGAACAUUCCAUAUUCUUCCCUGUGUAUUGUUUUUUUUUCUUCCUACACUGAAUAUUUACAUAUAGAGCUGCUGCUUUCUUUCUUCUCCCUUCAUUUGAGCCCUGUCACUUUUUUUUUUUCCCUAGGUUCCUUCAGCACGAGUUGUAUUUUCCUCUGAUGGGAUGUGUGUCCGGAGGAGUCUGAACAGAACUUUCCCUAUAAUUUUAGCCUCCUUUGGUCUGUUUUUGGAACAGUUUAUGGUUGAACUUAGUGUUUUCUUUACUAUCUGCAGUUAUGCUAAGCACAGGGUUACUUGGUUUUGGCACUAUUGACACUUGGGGCUGGUUAAUUCUUUGUUGUGGAGGCUCUCUUGUGCAUUUCAGGAUGUUUUUAGCAUAUCUCUAGCCUCUGCUCACUAGAUGCUGGUAGCACCUCCUCCCCGAGUUUGACAAAUAGGAUGUGUCCCCCUCCCAGUCCCAUUGAGAAGCAUUGAUAAGCUGCCUUCCCUACUUUGGUCUGACUUGAGAAUUGGAUGACACAUACUGCUUAACUGAAGAGAAAGCUUUGAUAUUCCCUGGAUUGGGUACUGUGCCAGAUCCCAGGGUUACAGAGGGAAAAAAAUCAGUCUCUUGAACAAACCAG